UGAGUUUAAUCGCGGGGUGUGUGUGUGUGUGAUAUCUCAGACGUCACAGCCUGCCGUUGGUCCAGUUCAGUUCAGUUCAGUUCACUUUAGAUCAGAUCGGAUCCCCGGAUGAGCCGUUGGUUCUCUCAGGAGGUAAACUGAAGUAUACCCGUACCUGGAGGCGGUUUAACCCGGGACAGCCCGAACCGGAACACUCUGUCUGUUUCUGUUCGACCCAAAAUAAGCAGCAUAAACAAGCAGGGCGGAGGGAGGGAGUGGGAGAGCCACCGUUAACGUAACGUCCGUGACGUCGCUCCGCUGGUUUUUCACCAGCACGCCGCGCGUCUGCGGGGUCCACGCCGGGAUUUACCAAGUGAUCGAUUAAUCCGACAGGAGCCUGAACCGUGGGAUCGGUACGCGUGCUAUGAUGGAGAGAAAGAGGACGGACUGUCCCGCUCUGCCGCCCGGUUGGAAGAAAGAAGAAGUGAUCAGGAAGUCCGGGCUGAGCGCCGGAAAGAGCGACGUCUACUACUACAGUCCUUCAGGAAAGAAGUUCCGGAGUAAGCCCCAGCUGUCCCGUUACCUUGGAAACACAGUGGAUCUGGCAUGUUUUGACUUUCGCACGGGCAAGAUGAUGCCCGGAAAACUGCAGAAAAACAAACAGAGAUUCCGACAUGACCCGCUGAGCAUGGCCAAGGGAGGGAAACCAGACCUGAACACAGCUCUGCCCAUCAGACAGACGGCCUCCAUCUUUAAACAGCCUGUUACCAAGGUUACGAGUCACCCCGGAAACAAGGUGAAGACAGACCUGCAGCGAGCGAUCGAGCAGCCCAAACAGCUGUUUUGGGAGAAGAGGUUGAAAGGUCUGCGGUCCUCAGACGUCACAGAGCAGGUCCUGCGUACCAUGGACCUGCCCAAAGGAUUGCAGAGUGUCGGUCCAGACGCUAGUGAUGACACCCUGCUGUCGGCCAUCGCCAGCGCUCUGCACAUGAGCUCGGCUCCGAUUACGGGACAGACGUCUGUAGCGGCUGAGAAGAAUCCGGCAAUCUGGCUCAACACGUCUCAGCCGCUCUGCAAGGCCUUCACCGUCACCGACGAGCACAUCCGGGAGCAGGAAAUGAAAGUGUACCAGGCCAGGAGGAGUCUGGAGGAAGCGCUGAUGGCUGACGGUUUGGCGCGGGCCGCCGAAAACACCCGAGAGCUGCUCGAGGGGAAGAAGGCCUGAAGACAAGACAGAUAUCAUCCUUUCCUGGCUGUCAUCAAUUCAAGUCAAUACAGUUCAGUUCAUAUCACCAGAUCACAACAAAAGUCUCCUCAAGAUGCUUUAUAUGGAAAAGACCCUACAAUAAUACAGAGAAAAGAGCUUUGGGAAAGCCACUCCAGAAGCUUAACUUUUGAUGUUUGUUUGCUAAUGUUAGCGAUUUGUCUACUCCAUUUCAAAGCUUCAAAAUGUGUAUGUUUGGGACAUCAAGUCAUUUCAAGACUUCAGACUUUGUCACUUACAUGUUUAACUAACAAAAACAACUCCUGACUUCAUCCGGCGAUCGGCGAAAUGAAGGACAUUAUAUCAGCAUCCAAUGUGACAGACUGCACUUUCUUCUGUUUGUUUGCAACUACAAAACUGGCAAAUGUGGACCAAGCUGUUCAGCUGAUAUUGCAAAAUCUGCUAGAGGCUUCUAAAAGUUCUCUCACUCUGUGAUGCAAGAUAGGUAAAUAAAAGUCACGUGAUCUGCCUGGCAAACAAACCCCUAGGAUCGAAAAGCAAACAAAGCAAACAACAUGAAUCAAACAGGAACAAGGAAUAAAUAGAAUAAUGUAUAACCUUUAAAUGUCUUGAAUGAUGCAGAACCUUGUGUGUGUGUGUGUGUGUGUGUGUGUGUGUGUGUGUGUGUGUGUGUGUGUGUGUGUGUGUGUUUGGUGAGACUUGUUGUGAAUGCUGAUGAGAUUCUCAGCGUCUGAUUGAAACUCAGCUAUGUAGCAGCGCAGCAGUGUGUCCGUGUGUGUGAUUGAUGGGCCGUGGGGUUGUGUGCGUGUGUGAGUUUCGGUGGUUAAUGCGUGUGUUGUAUUACAGUUUGUUUGGUUAUUGCCUAUGUUUCACUCUGCGGAGCCCGUAAACAAAACCAGAUUAAAAAACAUUUACUUUCAGAAGUUCACACAGCCAUCCAUCAUCUCGCCCAUUUUCCGGCUGCUUAUCCAGGUCAAGGUCGCCGUGGCAACGGGACGGCGCAGCAGACCAGAGGCUGUUUUCAGAAUGAAAAGGUUUUUGCUGCAGAGUUUCAGACCUCGUAGGGUUUUUACCCACAAAGAAGACUCGAAGAGAACAGACCUGGCUGGUUAAACAUUGGUGUGAUUUCAUGAUGGCCCCCUCUGCCACCUGAACCACAGCUUAAAGUUUGGGAUGUUUCCGCUUUGAUUGACUGUUGGUUGCUGGUGUUGGAGGAA